AUGGCGGUGGCUUUGGAGUCCGGCACACAAGAAACCAGUGGAAUGGGCGGUGCAAAAACCAUUGGCCUCGUUGGAAGCUUGGCGGUUCUGCUGAACAAUAUCCUCGGGCCUGGCAUUGCCAACUUCUCCAGCCUCUACCAGCAGAGCGGCUGGCUCCCGCCUACACUGUUGGUAUUGGUGUGCGUAGCUUCCAGCAUCUUCAGUGGGGCCAUGCUGCUGGCAUCGAUGCGAGCAUAUCCGAACAACCAGGAUUUCGAUGUUCGUGUGGAGUAUGGCACGCUCUGCCGGUAUUACUUUCCUUCAAAGGCGGCCAAAUUCUUUCAAGGCCUCUUCCAGCUUGCGAUGCUCACUGCCAACAUUAGCAAUAUCAUCCAGACCGCGCAGGUGUUUGACUACUUCUUCGACACCGUCUUUGGGGACUCCUGCGCCCUAAUGUUUUAUCCGAGCUUCAUGCACGGCUUCUGCCAGACUUCCAACGAAGAUGUCACGCCUUUUGGGGCCGGAAAGGUGGUCCUGUCACUGGGGAUGGGCACAGUUGGCCUGGUCUCCAUACCUCUGGGCUACUGGAACCUGGAGGAUAAUGUCAAAGUUCAGAAUGCAGCCUUGGUAGUCAUCCUCCUCUCGAUUCUGCUGUGGGUUCUGAUCUUCUUUGCCUUGGGCCUUGAAGCCGAGCGUGUUCCUGCUGUGGGAACAUCCCUGCACAACAUGGGGGGCACAAUCCUCUUCAACUUCAUGUUCAUCUCGACGGUGCCCUCUUGGGUCUGCGAGAAGAAGCCAGGGGUACCGCCUUUGAGGACGAUCCUGGGCACCUUAGUCUUGGCCGUGCUGGGAUACUUGCUGGUCGGCGUCAUCGGGGGCAUGGCGUUUGAGCCGUACUUCAUGACGGAUAACACACUUCUCUCUCAGCUGAACCACAUCUCGCCCCAGGAUGCAUCCCCUCUGGUACGAUCCACGGCUUUCGUGACCGUGCAGGCGUAUGCAAUUUCGGCAAACCUGGCUUCCAUUCCGAUAUUCUCUAUUCUCAUGCGAUACAAUUUGAUUGAAAGCAAGGUUGUGGGCAGCAAGGUGGCUGGGGCUGCUUCGGUUCUGGUGCCCUUUGGGGUCGCUGUACUGCUCUACACCGGUGAAGGCUUCAAAAAUGCCAUUGACUUCUCCGGCACAUUCACAUCGUCCUUUGUGAACCUGAUGGCGCCCAGUCUCUUCUUCCUUUCCGCGCUGAAGCAGCCACAGCAAACUGCGCUCAUGGAUGCACGUGAAUGCAUGACUUCUGUGAACAUAGCCCGACCAUUUUGGAAGACAUCCGCAUGGGACAGCCUCCGUAGUGAAACCGCAGAAAAGUCUCGGCUUAUGUGGAGAAUCAUCGCUUGGGUGAACCUGUCCCUGAUGGCGGUGCUUACGCUUGUCUCUGUUGUGGACCAGUUUGCGUAA